ACGGAAGCCGUGACAGCGGGGUCAUAGCGUGAUUAUCAGGCCGACAUGCACGACGUGCCGUCCGUCGAAACACAGAGGCAGCGUUACUCGCGCCAACUCGCAGAAUAUACCCUCCUGCAAUGGAAUAUCGCUCGACAGGCGUUGGAGAGAACAAAGACGCAAGACAAGCCCUCCUCUCCGUCGGACCGAUCCUCGGAGUCUUCAUCGAGAGAUCAUGAAAGGUUCUCCCGGACAUCGCAAGGUAUACAGCCAAUUGACUUCGCUACAAGAUCACACAAUGGUGUAAGAUUUGGAGGUCGCACCAUAAUCGCUGGCAGCGCCUAGCUGCGCUUACAACUCCACACGUUGAACGUUGAACAACGAGAAUAUUUGAGCGGAUUGAAGAUGACGCCGAGGAUGACACAUAACAAACCACGCAUCACGAGAUGCACAAUGACCAGCAUUAUUAGGAUUUGUCUCAUGGAGUGGACCGAUCACCUAGAGGCCAUUAGUUGCACUCACGUAGCUAUACCCAUCCACUUCACUGCUUCAA